CCGGAACAAGCUGUAUCUGCCGGGAUAAGCGGGCACGUCCCGUUCCCACCGUCGUGCGUUGGACGCGACCGCUCCCGGCCCGCCCUCAUCUCCGGCUCAGAACGCAGGGGGCGCGGCCCUGCCCUUAGUCAAGAUGGCGUCACGCCGCAAGGGCAAAGGAGGAACCUUUCACAUGGCGGCGGCCUCCGCGGCUUCAGUGACGUCACGGGCUUCCGGAAGGGAAGCGGCCAUGGCGGUCCGGGGAUGCCGGGGCUGAGACCCCCAGGAACACCCCCAGGACCCCCCAUGGCCACGAGUCGCUCGGAGGACGAGGAGUCCCUGGGGGGGACCAAAAGGGGCCCGGCCCCUCCCCCGGGGACUGUCCCCAAACGCCGCAGCUCCUCCAGGUUCAUCAAGAGGAAGAAGUUCGACGAUGAGCUGGUCGAGAGCAGUCUGGCCAAGUCCUCGAGCCGUGCCAAGGGGGGCCCAGAGCCCCCCCCUCGGCCUGGCCCCGACCCUCCCCCGGGGGACAGGAGGAAGGUGUCGAGGGCAGUGCCCCCCCCCGCGGCCCCCGGGCCCCCCCCCGGGCUGCCCAAGAGGCUCAAGAAGAGCAAGCAGAGCCCGGCGGUGCCGCGGGACCUGGGCCGCUGGAAACCCGCCGACGACCUGCUGCUCAUCAACGCCGUGCUGCAGACCAACGACCUCACCUCGGUUCACCUGGGGGUGAAGUUCAGCUGCCGCUUCACCCUGAGGGAGAUCCAGGAGCGCUGGUACGCGCUGCUCUACGACCCCGUCAUCUGCAAACUGGCCUGCCAGGCCAUGCGCUCGCUGCACCCCGAGGCUGUGGCCGCCGUGCAGAGCAAGGUCCUGUUCAGCAAAGCUGAGGAGCAGCUGCUCACCAGGGUCCCCUCGACACCCCAGCCCUCCCUGGAGACCUUCCAGGACCUGCUGCUCCGACACCCCGAGGUGUUUUACCCUUCAAGGACCCCCAAGGCCCUGCAGCUGCACUGGCAGCUCCUGCGCCAGUACCACCUGCUGCAGGACCAGACAGUGCAGCCCCUGCCCAAGGGGGACCAAGUGCUGAACUUCUCGGACGCCGAGGAGAUGGUGGAUGACGGGAAACUCAGGUGGGGGGGCUUGGGGAGGUCUGGGGCCAGAGCUGACCGUGGCGGAUCGGCGGCAGAAACGGGAGAUCCGGCAGCUGGAGCAGGAGCUGCACAAGUGGCAGGUGCUGGUGGAUUCCAUCACAGGGAUGAGCUCCCCGGAUUUCGACAGCCAGACCCUGGCAGUGCUGCGGGGGCGGAUGGUGCGGUACCUGAUGCGCUCCCGAGAGAUCACCCUGGGCAGGGCCACCAAGGACAACCAGAUCGACGUGGACCUGGCACUGGAGGGCCCGGCCUGGAAGAUCUCCCGCAAACAAGGGGUGAUCAAGCUGAAGAACAACGGCGACUUCUUCAUCGCCAACGAGGGCCGGCGCCCCAUUUACAUCGACGGCCGCCCCGUCCUGGGGGGCAACAAGUGGAAGCUCAACAACAACUCUGUGGUCGAGAUCGCCAGCCUGCGCUUCGUCUUCCUCAUCAACCAGGACCUCAUCGCCCUCAUCAAGGCCGAGGCGGCCAAGCUGGCCCAGCAGUGAGGGGGGAUUGGGGUCCCAGUUUGGCUUGGGGGGCUUGAGACCCCCCAGCACCCCCCGCAUCCCAAACUGCUUCCAAUAAAGUCAUCGCUGCCCCUGGGGAGGGGCUGCUUGGGGCACCCCAAGAGCCAACUGAGACCCCCCCCAAAGAUAUUGGGGUGCCCCUCCCCCUUUACCUGGCCCAGGUGAGUUGGGGGGGGACACACACAGACAACCCUCCCAACCCCCAUCCCUGAAUUCCUCCCCCCUCCCAAAAAAAAAUUUUUAAAGCUCAACAUUUCAUUGA